ACAGGAGAGCGACAGAAAGACGCGCCGGUUGGCUCGGGCCUUUUAAAGGGCGCCGUGUCUUUUUAAGGAGGAGAGAAGUUAAGGCAGCCGCCGAGCCCUUGCCGUUUCCGGCAACACAGGCCCUCGCUGUUUUUCACUUCUGAGCACUUUGUUGGGACAUUGGUGCAUGAAUGGCAACUGUGGAUGACCUAAAGUUUCAUGAAUUUGAUGAUGCAGCCAAUUUGUUGGCAGCAAAUCCGGAUGCUGUCACAAUAAGCAUUGAUGAACCAGCUGAGAAACCAAAAACAAAGCACGGACAUCUGCAAGAUUCUGGGAGAGAGGAGGAUGAUGAGCUAUUGGGGACAGAUGAUUCUGAUAAGACUGAGUUGCUUGCUGGACAGAAGAAAAGCGCCCCAUUCUGGACAUUUGAGUAUUACCAAACAUUUUUUGAUGUCGAUACAUACCAGGUCCUCGACAGAAUCAAAGGUUCUGUUUUUCCAGUACCAGGGAAAAACUUUGUAAGACUAUAUAUUCGAAGUAAUCCAGAUCUUUAUGGUCCCUUUUGGAUAUGUGCCACAUUAGUCUUUGCCAUUGCAAUCAGUGGCAACCUUUCGAAAUUUUUCAUCCAUCUGGGCAAACCUGAUUUCCAUUAUGUGCCUGAAUUCCGAAAAGUGUCCAUAGCUGCUACAGCCAUCUAUGCAUAUGCUUGGCUAGUUCCUCUAGCUCUCUGGGGAUUUCUUAUGUGGAGAAACAGUAAAGUUGUGAACAUUGUAUCCUACUCAUUUCUUGAGAUUGUGUGCGUUUAUGGCUAUUCACUUUUCAUUUAUAUUCCAACAGCGAUAUUGUGGAUUAUUCCGCAGAAAGCUCUCAGAUGGGUUUUGGUGGUAUUUGCUUUGUGCCUUUCAGGAUCUGUCUUAGUGAUGACAUUUUGGCCUGCUGUUAGAGAUGAUACCCGAAGGAUUGCAGUGGCUACAAUUGUGACUGUGGUACUUCUCAAUGCCUUGCUUGCUGUUGGUUGCUUGGCAUACUUUUUUGAUGCCCCUGAACUGGAUGUUGUUAUGCCAACUACUGCACUUCCACAAAAUUUAACAAGAGCAGCAAUAAAGGCACAGUAACUAAGAUAUAUAUUUCUUCAUCUGUGGGAUAUUGCUUUAUUGGGGCUUUCCCAUAUUGAAAAAAAGAAAACCCAACAGAUCUGAAAAGAAGCAUCAGCGAAUGCCAAAAGUUCUUAAUGACACAUCAGCAAAACCGUCUAAAUUCAUAGUAUCUGACACUUGAAUGAUCAACUAGUAAUGGACUUAGUUGAAAUUCUGCUGUUGAAGCAAAAAAUAAAAAAGGUUUCAGUUCAGUGGAAUCAAUUUCACCUGGAGAUUUGAACCCUAAAAUUUUCAGCUGUAGAUUUAACCCCUAAUAAUUUAUUAUUUUUUAUCUUCUGCAUAAUUCUUGUUUUGUCAUCAAAUAAAAAUGACUCAAAACGCCA